GUUACCAAAGAAGUGUUAUGCUCAGAUAUAUCACAUCACAGAGUGUCAGUAGGAUCCAGGCAUAGUGACGCAUGCAGAGUGUCAGUGGGAACCAGGCAUAGUGGCACAUAAUGUAAUCCUAGAACUCAAGAGGCUGAACCAGGAAGAUGAUACUAUAGUGAAUGAAGGAAGACUGAAUUUACAGGUGCUUCUUCUAAAAGGCAUCUGUGGAGUAGUGCUCCAGUUUCAAUAAUAAAAGAUUGUCCAUUAUGAGAGAAUCCCUUUUUGUCAACCUAAUGAAGCAUUCAAAGUCAUAUGACUCUUUUCAAGAUGAACUUGAAGAUUAUAUUAAAGUGCAGAAAGCCAGAGGCUUAGAGCCAAAGACUUGUUUCAGAAGGAUGAGGGAGGACUACUUGGAAAGCUGUGGGUACAGGGAAGAAGUUGAUCCCAGGCCCAGGUAUAGAAUGUUUGAUCAAAGACUCCCGUCUGGAACUGUCCAGACUUACCCAAGACCACACAAUAUUUCACAAACAGAAAACUGGUUACCUCAGUGGUUCCCAGUUCAUGACAACAGGCCAAGACUAGAAUCUCUGAGCUACUGUCAGUACUGUAGAGACUGUUUCUCUGAAAAACCAGUGCCCCUGAACCUCAGCCAGCAAGCAUAUAAUCACGGUUCAGCCAGCACAGACGCUGGAAGCUCCGAGCAUCUCUUCUUGGGAGCCAGGACUGGUGCCCAUCCAGCCAGUCAUCAGAAAAGGAGGAGGCACCCAGAGAAAGGCAAAGAGAAACCAAAGGAGGAGCGGCCCAAGCAUAAGAGGAAAAGAGGUCUGGAGGUGGAUUUGGAAGAACAUGAGAGCAUCCAAAGAAAGAAAACUGAGAUAGAAACAGACGCUGCACAGGGUGGUACAGAAAAGCCUAAGCAUCGAAAGGAGAGGAAAAGCUGA